CCGAUAUCUGCAGAUAUGAUAUCUUUGUGGGGUGGUUUUUAGGACGAUCCCGUUCUUCGUUCGUAAGGCAACUAUUUCGCAACGAGCUGGUCCCACAAGAGAAGGGCAAAUGAACGCUGUGGAGAGUUUCAGAUCUCGAUGGAAUGGUUCUGGACUCCGCGAAGCCCUCCUGCUUCGUGAGGGCUCGCGCGCUAAUAGUAUCAGUGUGGGUUGAAUUGUGAGUACAAAAACGAGCAUGAUGCACUGAUAUAGAGAAGAGCAUCACGCAUGCAGAAAACACUGGACUAUCAAUUGCCCAGCCGAAGCCACUUACUUUUCAUCUACUUUGAAAUGCGGGUCCUUGUAGAGAGCUCAGUCAAGAAGCCCAGCUGCGACGUUCAUCAGGAUACAAAUAUCUCUCUCCACGCCCUCUACGAAACAACGAAGAACACUCAAAGCACAUCCAAGCGACAUCCCAAGAAAUAUCGCGCGGUCGAACGCUCAGACGGUGUCAUUGUUGAACGUCCUCGAUAUCGCCCUGCAGUUUCACAACAAAAAUCAAUGUCGCAGUCGCAUCCGCAGAGGACUUUCCUGUACGACCAUACGUUUUCAUCCAAAGAAACCAAAGACGUGAAGUCCAGCAGAAUGAUGUAUGACCUCCUGGGUGUUGGGUGUUCCGGGAGCAAUGCGAUGCAUGGAGGGCAUUGCGACACUGCAAAGAUAGGAAGAAGGGGCUUCUAUGGAGCGGAACACUAUCAGUGGACGUUUGUUGGAAUUGAAAUGUAUACCUCUGAACGAUUGAGUUUUGUCGAAUCAAACCCAAUUGAUCGUUUUCUCUACGAAUCAGGGCCUUGGAGCUCAUGUUCUCGAAGAGAGGAGGAAACCUAGUUUGAGUGACCAUAUUUUAGCAUAGUGGUUAGUGUUGUUAAGAGAAGCGA